ACAAUUGUAUACAAGAACUCUAUAAUGCGAAACACAUUACAGUCGACAUCGCCAUCGCCAGGCCGCUUUUGGAAUUCCUCUGCUCUUUUUUGCCUAAUAUCUCCCACCCAACGGAAAAGGCUGAAAAAGGGAAUCACUUCUUCCAAAAAGAUGCAUUAUCAGAUGCCCAUGGCAGCUCAGUCAUCUUCAACCUCUGUGUUUGGGUUCUAAUUCUCUCCCUUUUCGGGUGGUGGUUUCAACCUCUUAAUCGCCAGAGGAGAAGAAUCGUGUGGAUUUGUGUCUGCUGGUUCGUUGGUUUCAAUCCGUUGCAGGGUCGUCUGUUCUCCUUUGGGGGCUCAUGGUUAGGAUCCAUUCUGACCCAGUGUGCGAUUGGGCGGUCUAGAAAUUCCUUUGUUCUCUGUCAUUAACUUGACGGCCAUAAACUUGUCCCCUCGUUGUAAAGUAUAGCUAACACGGGUGCCCUCUGUUGUGUGGCCGCUCGGCCACAUGGAGCCAAGCCGCACCCUGGGAGUGAGAGCAGGGACGGUUCGACUGGUAGGAGUGAACCACACUGGAGGAUGAAUUCCAGCUUUUCUCCGCCUCCUUCGAGGAUUUGGGAUUGCAGGCUGCACUUAGACAGUGUUCCUCAUGGGCCUCGCAUUGGGACCGACUUAUUACUACACUCGGAUCGCAAAGGACUCAGAGGAAGGAUAGGCAGUGAUAAGUUUACAAGUCAUCACCAUUCUGUGUCUGAUGGGGCGCUGUCUUAUAGUGGAAGCCUUUCUGAUAGUGUUCAGGCUUCACGGAGGUGGACUUCUCCAGUGCAGAAAUUCAAGGUUAAUGAGGUUGCUGCCUCUUCCAUAACAGGAUUAAGGUUGGACACACCUUACCCUUGUUCCAUCGAGGGAUGCCCUGGCGCUAGAGCAGUUGCUGCAGCUUCCCCUGGUAGUGGUUCGCCAUCAUCACUAUCCGAGUUCGGUCGCUGGGAAUCCACGAGCAGACAGCCCCACACUCCUCUCCCUAGUCGACCCUUCUCGAGACGCAUGCAUAUGUCAAAAGCUGUCUAUCCACUUGUGUUCCACAAUCCGGUCUCUGACUGCAAGGCUUUGGGUGAUGCUGAUGUCAACAGCCUAGGGAGGUUCACGCCUGGGGAGGGCCAGAUUUCACCCACUUAUUGGCCUGAAGACCGUCCAUUAAAGUUCCGCAGAACUCUGGUCGAACGGCAGAAGUCAGAGAUAGCAUCGCCAGACCUGAGCUGGAGCUCGAGAAGGGAAGAAGCAUUCAGGUGGAGCAGCUCGAGCAGUUACGAUUUUGGGCUUGAUGGGGAAAGAUAUGAUGUGGUGGAGAAUUUGGAGAACCCAAUGUCCCCUAAUAGUGGGUCUGCAGUGGAUCAAAAGUGUGGAGUUUGUCGGAAACUCCUAGUUCAGAAGUCCCCUUGGAGUUCGAAUCGGAUAAUGAGGGGCAACGAUAUGCCAAUUGCUGGAAUACUCCCAUGCGGACAUGUAUUCCAUGCAGAUUGUUUAGAGCACGUUACUCCAAAGACCCAAAUACAUGAACCGCCUUGUCCUUUAUGCCUGAAGGUUGUAGGAGCUGGGGAGGAAUCUGAAUCUGCUUCUGUUUCGGAGCCUCUGCACUUGGCCUUGAGGUCUCUACGGAGUAGCAGAAGAGGGGUUGUGGUAUCUGAAGCCCAGCAGGAAGCAUCGGAGAAACAAUCAGGGAAGUGGGCUCGAGUUGGUUCGAGAUGGAACAUUGGCGGGUCAUCAAUAAGGAAGCGUCUCAAGAAGCAUUUAACCUUUAAAAGUAAAGUAAGUGAUGCUUUACAUGGGAAAGGGAAGCAUUGAAGCUUGAAGUUGCAAUCUUGUGAAGAUUUUCACGGCUACGAAAGAUGCAGACUUAUGGGUCCUCCGGGCUUCUAUUGCUGAAGAGCAUUUUGAUAAGUAGCUUCUUCUGCAACAUGAGCAAUCCUCGUGGCCAUUGCUUGAAACUUGAAGGCCUGUGCGCUGCAGCAUCAUAAGACCUUGUUUGGUUUGAUAGAAUAUAAAGUAUCUCCAAAUGGAAUCACCAUAGAAGAUGUUGCCGUGUUAUAUGACAGCUUUGUACUUUUUAUUCGAUCACACCAAACAUGGUGGUGAGGGUCCAAAAUCGGGUUAGCAGCACAAAGUGGUAGGAUUACAGAAUGCUCGAAUUGGGACUACACCGCCUAGCAGGCUAAGGAUUAUUUUUCUGACUCUCAUUAGCGGAUGCAUGGACCACUCUGGAUCAAGCAUGCACAGAUUAUAAGAACAACAACAUUAUGUAAGCUUUGUAUUAGCAGAGGCUGUCCUCGACUCUCGAAAGAUCAGGAGGCAAGUGAAAGGAAUCCAGCUGUUGUGUUUGCUAUUAGGGGGCUGUUGCUUUUUACAUGGUUGUGAACUUUCAGGUUCCAUGAGUCGUUCCGUGUCACAAAAUUUUAGAUCCAGGCCGUAGUUUUUGCCAUAGUUUUUGCUUUAGCAAUGAUGUGGAACGGUUGACGAUCUCUGUACAAUAUACCAAUGACCUCGUCUAUGUUGUAUUCUGUUCUGAAAUCUUCAGGUUUGUUCAGAUGAUCAUUUUGUC